CCGUGUUCUUCUUUUUUUCCAUUUCUUCUCCGUCAAAUUAAAAUUCCCAUUUUUCCCAACUUUAUUACUUUGAUGUUUGUCUUGUGAGACAGAUUCCAGAAGAAACCCUAUUACAAGUACGGUCCUUUUUUCUUGCUUCAAAUGGGUCGCGAAUCUGUGGCUGUUGUGUCCUCGCCGCCAUCGGCGACUGCGCCGAGUACUGCUGUGUCGGCGACCUCGCUUGCUCCUGGCUUCCGAUUUCAUCCCACUGAUGAGGAACUCGUGAGUUAUUACUUGAAGCGGAAGGUUCUAGGCAAACCUGUACGUUUCGAUGCGAUUGGGGAGGUCGACAUCUACAAGCAUGAGCCCUGGGAUUUAGCAGUGUUUUCACGGUUGAAAACUCGGGACCAAGAAUGGUACUUCUUCAGCGCUUUAGAUAAGAAGUAUGGCAAUGGUGCUAGAAUGAACCGGGCAACUAACAAAGGCUACUGGAAAGCAACUGGAAAAGACAGAGAAAUCCGCCGGGAUAUUCAGUUGCUCGGUAUGAAAAAGACGCUUGUUUUCCACAGCGGGCGUGCUCCAGACGGUCUUCGGACUAAUUGGGUCAUGCACGAGUAUCGCCUUGUGGAAUAUGAAACUGAAAACAACGGAAGCCUGCUGCAGGACGCAUAUGUGUUGUGCAGAGUGUUUCACAAGAAUAACAUUGGGCCACCAAGUGGGAACAGAUAUGCGCCAUUCAUGGAAGAGGAAUGGGCUGAUGGUGGAGGAGCUCUGAUUCCAGGAGUAGACGUUAGUGUCAGGGUAGAGCCGCUACCACAAGCCAAUGGAAACAAACACAUGGACCAGGAAAUCCAUUCAGCAAGCAAGAAUCUCAUUAACAUCAACGAGCCACCAAGGGAUGGCACUCCAAUGGAUAUCGAACCUAACCAACAGAAUCAUCAUGAGAGUGACAUCAAGCCGCAGGAGCAUAACAACCAUAAUGCUUAUGAUGAAGAUGAGGAAACACUGAAACGAGAGCACGCAGAAGAAGAUGAGCGUCCUCCUCCACUAUGCAUUCUUAACAAAGAAGCUCCACUACCUCUCCUCCAAUACAAACGUAGACGCCAAAACGAGUCCAACAGCUCAAGCAGGAACUCACAGGACCAUUGUUCGUCCACAAUAACAACCGUCGACAAUACAACCACCUUAAACUCAUCAUCUGCUGCCGCCACAAACACUGCCAUAUCAGCAUUGCUUGAGUUCUCGCUUAUGGGCAUCUCAGAAAAGAAAGAAAACCAACAGCUGCGUCCUCACAAGGAAGCUUCUCCCUCUACUCCACUAGUAUCUCCUGAAGAGAAGGUUAAUGAUCUCCAGAAGGAGAUUCACCAGAUGUCUGUUGAGAGAGAAACUUUUAAGCUUGAGAUGAUGAGUGCAGAGGCUAUGAUCAGUAUUCUCCAGUCAAGGAUCGAUGCACUGCGUCAGGAAAACGAGGAACUUAAGAAGAAAAACGCCAACGGACAAGCUAUUUAAACCACCUCACCAUCCAUCCAGGGUUCUUCUUCUUUUUCUCAACGCCUUUUAGUUGUAAUCUUCGUAGUAGUAUGAGCUAUGGAUGUAGCUUCUUCAGUAAACGUAUGAAUCUCUGUUGUAAAAUUAGGAUAAAACGGAACGGGUCUUUACUUAUCCUUUUUUAUUUUAUUCUAUGUUCUGCAUCUUUUGGGAACACUUUCAGGUUUAUCCAUUGCCAUAUAUUAUCAUCUAUCAA